AUGCGCAAAAGAUGCAUGUACUGUAUGGAUGCAACAGAGGGCAAACUUUUUGGGUUCCGGUUACCUGGAUUGAGACUUUUAACAUAUAGAAAACAGUCCUUACCACAAGAGGACCCCGAUGCAGUGAUAAUCGACUCAUCUAAGCACAGCGAUGACUCAGUGGCUCUGAAGCACUUUAAAUCACCUACAAAAGAAAGUUGUAGCCCUUCAGAAGUGGAUGACACAAAAGCACUCAUUCAACCAAGUAAAUGUUCGCCUUUGGUUAAUAUAUCAGGACCUCUCGACCAUUCAUCACCUAAACAGCAAUGGGACAGACUUUACCCUGACACGAUACAGACAAGCAAUCCACUAACCCAUUCCAGAUCAAAGGAAAGCAUUUGUAGCAUACGGAGAGCAUCUUCAGUACAUGACAUAGAAGGAUUUAACGUCCACGCGAAGAACAUUUUUAGGGACCGUCAUGCAAGUGAAGGUAUGACCCAUUUAAGAGCUGGCUACGGGGGGAAGGGUCUUUUUUGGAGAUCUACUCUGCUGGAGUAUUGUAAGCAAGCCCAGGAUACGGGGCCUUUUAAUCAUAUCAAAUCAAGUCUGUUGGGAUCCACAUCGGAUUCAAAUCUCAACAAGUACAGCACAAUCAACAGAAUUCCUCAACUCACUCUGAACUUUUCAGAUAUCAAAAAUGAAAAAAAAUCUUCAUCUUCUCCUUCUUCGGAGAAAGCAAUUAUUGCACCUAAGGUAAAAGAUCGAACGCACAAUGUAACAGAGAAGGUUACCCAGGUUCUGUCCUUAGGGGCUGAUGUUCUACCGGAGUAUAAACUCCAAACACCUCGCAUCAACAAGUUUACUAUAUUGCACUAUAGUCCUUUUAAAGCUGUCUGGGACUGGCUUAUUUUGUUGCUGGUAAUAUACACCGCCAUAUUCACCCCUUAUUCUGCUGCCUUCCUUCUGAAUGAUAGUGAGGAACGGAAGAGAAGAGAGUGCGGAUAUUCUUGCAGCCCACUGAAUGUUGUAGACUUAAUUGUGGAUAUUAUGUUUAUCAUUGACAUUCUAAUCAACUUCAGAACAACAUAUGUAAACCAGAAUGAAGAAGUGGUAAGUGACCCAGCAAAAAUAGCAAUUCACUACUUCAAAGGCUGGUUCCUAAUUGACAUGGUUGCUGCAAUACCUUUUGACCUGCUGAUUUUUGGCUCUGGCUCUGAAGAGACAACAACAUUAAUAGGUCUUCUGAAGACAGCUAGACUGCUGCGUUUGGUGAGGGUAGCACGGAAAUUGGACAGAUAUUCAGAAUACGGUGCUGCAGUUCUGAUGCUCCUUAUGUGCAUAUUUGCACUAAUUGCACACUGGCUUGCUUGUAUUUGGUAUGCCAUUGGAAAUGUAGAAAGACCUUACUUGGCUCAUAAGAUUGGCUGGUUGGAUUCUUUAGGAGAGCAAUUAGGAAAACACUACAAUAAGAGUGAUGCAAGUUCUGGACCAUCCAUCAAGGACAAAUACGUUACAGCACUUUAUUUUACAUUCAGUAGUCUGACAAGUGUAGGAUUUGGAAAUGUUUCUCCAAACACCAACUCAGAGAAGAUCUUUUCCAUCUGUGUCAUGUUGAUUGGCUCAUUAAUGUAUGCAAGUAUUUUUGGAAACGUAUCUGCAAUAAUCCAAAGACUCUAUUCGGGAACUGCGCGAUAUCACAUGCAGAUGUUGCGAGUAAAGGAGUUUAUACGCUUUCAUCAAAUCCCUAAUCCUCUACGGCAGCGACUUGAGGAAUACUUCCAGCAUGCAUGGACAUACACCAAUGGCAUUGACAUGAACAUGGUCCUGAAGGGUUUUCCAGAAUGCUUACAAGCUGACAUUUGCCUGCACCUCAAUCAAAAUUUGCUUCAGAACUGCAAAGCUUUCCGGGGGGCCAGUAAAGGCUGUCUUCGAGCUUUGGCUAUGAAAUUUAAGACAACACAUGCUCCUCCUGGAGACACUUUAGUGCACUGUGGAGAUGUUCUCACUGCUCUUUACUUCGUGUCAAGAGGCUCCAUUGAAAUUCUUAAGAGUGACAUUGUUGUAGCCAUUCUUGGAAAAAAUGAUAUUUUUGGAGAGAUGGUACAUCUUUAUGCAAAACCAGGAAAGUCAAAUGCAGACGUGAGAGCUUUGACAUACUGUGACUUGCAUAAGAUCCAGCGAGAAGAUCUACUAGAAGUUUUGGAUAUGUAUCCUGAAUUUUCUGAUCUUUUCCUCACAAAUCUAGAACUGACAUUUAAUCUGAGAGAUGAAACUGCAAAGUCUGACAUCGUAAUAAGAUCACAAACUACUAAUGAUACAAAUGGAGAUAACUGCAAACUACGAAGACGGAAAUUGUCCUUUCAAAGUGAAAUAGAAAAAGAUUAUUUCAAAGAGAAUGGUCAGAGUGAUCCUGAACCCACAGGGGACAACUCCAGAUAUUACCAAUCUAUUAAGAAACACUUUGAGGAGAAAAAAAGUGGCUCAUCAUCAUUUGUGUCCUCCAUUGAAGAUGAGCAAAAACCCCUGUUCUCUGGGGUAGCUGAUUACCCAUCCAUAACAGAGAAAACUACAGAGCUGGACUUUGAAGAAAUGAUUCAUGCAACAGAAGAAAUACUUAUUGACAAAAGAAGUGACUCUUGCAAAGAUAUCACUGAUAAAAGAAACUGGGAGGAACAGAACAUGAGGGAAUACCAAGACUCCCCAAGUCACUCAGCAUUACCACAUGUAACAUGGGGUAUCUGUGAUACUGAAAGUGACUACGUAUAUGGAGAAGUAGAGAAUCGAUUAGAUUUACUUCAAGAACAACUCAACAGGCUUGAAUCCCAGAUGACUGCUGAUAUCCAAACCAUACUGCAGCUUCUGCAGAGGCAAUCAACACUCAUUCCACCUGCCUAUAGCAUGGUGACUGCAGGUGCAGAGUAUCAACAGCCAGCAAUCCGGUUUACACAAAAGCUUCAUCCUGUAGCAUCAAUUAAAACAGACAGAAGUUUCAGUCCUUCAUCUCAGUGUCCUGAAUUUCUAGACCUUGAAAAAUCGAAACUUAAAUCCAAAGAAUCUCUCUCCAGCGGAGUACAUCUUAACACAGCCUCAGAAGACAACCUGGCUUCCUUUUUAGAUCAAGAACAUAACCACUCUGCAGAGUGUCCCCCACAGCAUCCUAAACCUUAUCUCCCAUCAAUUAGGCACCCUUCCUUGCCAGAAUGUUCAGUAAGCACUGUAGGAAUCUUGAGUCUUCAUAGGCAUGUUUCUGAUCCUGGUCUUCCUGGGAAAUAAUACUUUUAUACUAUAAUUUCACAUAAAAAAUGUAAGUGCUUUUAAUGGCUGUUUUUCCUUUUUUGUAUUUAAAUCCUCUAUACUUGACU